CGACCACAACAAAACAACCACAAUAAAACGUGUUAGCCGGCAAAAAAACAAACAAAAUGUACUCGCUGCUGCAUAAAGAAGAGGCCGCGCACGAGGAGAGUAUUUGGUCGUGUGCCUGGGGUCGAUUGAAGGUGGCAUCCAAAGAGAACGCCGAUGACGACAACGAGGACAACUCGCGCGACUCAUCGGCCAGCAAAAAGUCGCCGGCCGACUACAGAGACUUUAUCGUCACUGGUGGGGUGGACGAUGCGGUAAAGAUUUGGGACGUGGUCCCGGAUCGCACCAAGCUGAGGCUACGGAAUACCUUCACCGGCCACUCGCUGGGCGUCGUAUCCGUGGACGUUAGCAGCAGCGGAGAAGUCAUCGCUAGCAGCUCGCUGGACUCCAGUCUGUGCAUAUGGAAGGCCGAAACGGGACAACUGAUGAACCAAAUAUCGCUCGGACCGGUCGAUCUGUGGACGGUGGCGUUUUCACCGUGCGACAAGUACAUCAUUUCCGGAUCGCACGAGGGUAAAAUUUCACUCUACAGCGUCGAAACGGGCAAACCGGAACAGGUGCUCGAUCCACAGAACGGCAAGUUUACGCUCAGUAUCGCCUACAGUCCCGAUGGAAAAUACAUCGCCAGCGGUGCCAUCGACGGUAUUAUCAACAUUUUCGAUGUGGCCGCCGGCAAGGUAGCGCAAACGCUCGAGGGACACGCCAUGUCCGUUCGGAGUCUGUGCUUCUCGCCCGACUCCCAGAUGCUGCUAACGGCAUCCGACGAUGGGCACAUGAAGCUGUACGAUGUGGCGCACUCCGACGUGGUCGGGACACUCUCCGGGCACGCCUCCUGGGUGCUGUCGGUGUCAUUCUCGGGCGAUGGCAGAAACUUUGCCUCCUCGUCGAGCGACAAAACCGUCAAAAUCUGGAACGUCGCCGAACGGCAGUGUCUGCACACGUUCAGCGAACACGCGGAUCAGGUGUGGGGCGUUCGCUACAGCCCGGACAGUGCUAACGUGAUUUCCGUAUCCGAAGACAAGUGCAUCAAUCUGUACGACUGUCCUCCGAAUGUGGUUUAG